AUAUGGAAUGCCAGGACUUACAGGAAAACCAGGAAAGCCUGGAGACACUGGCCUCCCGGGAUCUGUUGGCAUGAAAGGAGAGAAGGGUGGAAGGGGAGAUACUGCGUCACAGAAUAUGAUGCGUUCUGUAGCAAGACAAGUGUGUGAACAACUAGUCAGCAGACAAAUGAGCAGAAUCGACAUGAUGCUGAACCAGAUCCCCAGUAACUACAGGAGUAAUAGUCCUGGUCCUGCUGGACCUCCAGGCCCACCUGGCAACCAGGGACCCCAUGGAGAGCCAGGUCAGCCCGGACCCAACGGGUUCCCAGGAAAUCCAGGUUUGCCUGGGCCUCCAGGAGAAAGAGGAUCGCCCGGAGAGAAGGGUGAAAGAGGAAGUCCAGGCAUUGGCACUCAAGGACAGAGAGGAUUACCUGGACCUCCUGGGCCACCGGGGCAGUCUCAGAUAGGACCCCCUGGUCCUUCAGGCUCAGCGGGGCCCCGGGGCCCACCAGGGCGGCAGGGUGGACCCGGAGUCAGAGGACCACCUGGACCUCCAGGAUACUGUGACUCCUCUCAGUGUGUAGGCAUCCCUUACAAUGGACAGGGUUACCCAGGUUUUGCGUAGUUUGCUAUCUAGACUGCCUGAUCCCUUGCACAUCCCGUGUCAGCGAGAUUAGCACUCGCUCUGAGCUAAUAAGGAUAACCACCAUGGAUAUGAUUGCUGAAUAUUUGCUGGCCAACUCUUAAAAAAAACAAACAAAACCCAAUCAAACCAAAGAAAGGACUGGACUGCCACUAACACCAGCUGUGCGCUACUAUAUCAUACUGGAGCCAGUGAUGGUUUUAUACCCGUGGCCCGUUUGCAUCUAGAGCAGCAAGAAAGAGCUUCGUUUUGCAAAGAACGCAUGUGAAACUACUAACAAUGAGCGUUUAUGUUAACAGUGUUCAACAGUGGUAGCUCUUUAUGAGGGUGAGAUGACUGUAAAUGAACUAAUUGUGCCUUGUAAAUGUUAAUCGAUGACGCAGUGGGCUAAAGUUAACAUGUUAACAGCAGUGAUCAAGCUUGCUCCUGAUAACUUGCUUCUUGCUGACGUUUCAUUUUCAUUUGUGGUUUUCAUCAUUGAUGAUACAUGUAGGCAACGCUCAGGUUAAAAAUGCAGUGUGUGCCAUUAGUAUACGCAACCAUGAAGUUUUAGGUAUAUUUGCAGAGUGCUACGGUUUUCUUUCAUUGUUUGAUAUUGUGAUUUCUAUACUUGUAUGAUCCCUCACAGCAAGUUUUCACAAAUGCAGUCUUUUUAUAUAAAUGUAUGUUUGUUAGAUUAGUGAUAGUUUAAGGGGGGAUGAGCCAACGCAAGGUUGUGGACAACCACCAAAUGGGUUUAGUUUUUGUUUAAUAUAGGAGUUUUUGUAUUACUUUUUGUUAAAUAUUAUUAACACUAUGUAUGAAUGAAGAGUUGAAAUGACAUGCUGGAACACAAAAGCACAUGCUCAGCUGGCCAAAUAAUAUUUCCAAGCAGGCCCCUACCAGCCAGAACCUGACACCUACGUAGUGCCCAUACCAGCCCAGCCGUCGGAAGAUAUCGAGACACAGUCACCAGGUUUACGAAACCAGCGUGG